UGUCAAACUCCUGAUCCCAGCUAUCUUCUCGCCCUGGCCCCCCAAAGCUCUGGUAUUAUAGGUGUGAGCCACUGCACCUGGCCUAAACCUAACUGAGCAUGUUAGGGUUUUGAUGCCGUAACAACCCCCUGAAUCUCAGUUGCUUAUAAGGAAGGCUUAUUUUUGCUCUUACUACAUGUUCCAUGACAAUCAGCAGAGAAGGAAGGGUUGGGCUUUGCUCCACAGAUCACUCAGGGCUGUAGGUUGGCCAAGUCUUGAUCAUCUGGAACCUUGCUGGUCCUCUAGAGAGAGCCUGCAGAUCUCAAGUUUGCUUUUCUAUACUUCCACCCAGAAGGAGACAACGUGGGUUGUUUCUGCUCAUAACCCAUUGGCCUAAACUAGACACAUGGUUCCAAUAAAUGGCAAGGGGAGCCCGAGGUGUAGUGUCCUGUGUGCCAGGAAGGAGAGGAAAGCCAGAUAUUGGAGAGCAGUAGUCAAGUCUACCACAGCAGGUGCUUCCCACUCUGCCUUCUCCAGACAUAUAGGUGGAUUGAGACACUACUCACAGGACUCACUGUGGGUGGUUGAAUAAUGACCCUUAAGUAUAGCCAGGUCCUAAUCUUUGAAACCUGUGUAUGUUGCUUUAAAUGGCAAAAGGGGCUCUGCAGAUGUGAUUAAGGAUCUUGGGAUGGGGAGAUUAUCUUGGGUUGUCCGGGUGGGCCCUGUAGAAUCACAAUGGUCCUUGUAAGUGAGGAGGGGGUACAGAGUCAGGAGAAGGUAAUGUGAGGAUGGAAAGAGAGACUGGGGUGAUGUGCUAUGAAGAUGGAGGAAGGGACCACAAGUUAAGGAAUACAAGCAGCCACUAGAUGCAGGAAAAGGCAAGGAAAUAGAUUUUCUCCUAGAACCUCCAGAGCAACCAGCCCUGAUGACACCUUGGUUUUAGCCCAGUGAGGUUGAUUUUAGACUUCUGACUUGCCAGAACUGUAAGAAUAAUUUUUGUGUUUUAAGCCACCCGUUUACGGUGAUGUGUGACAGCAGCCCUAGGAAACUAAUAUAUCACCUUCAGGCAGAAAAUCAUUUGAAACCCACUGCAUAGAAGCCUCCUCUGUCUGCUCAGACAGGACCGACCCUUUCCUCCUGUCUCUUGUGGCGCCCAUUGCACCCAUCUGUCAUCACGUUCAUGCACAGGCAGAGGUGUCUCUUAACAUAGUCCUUCCACUCCCAACCCCCAUGCUCCAACAUGCACACGCACACCCUCAGCCACUCUUUGAGCCUCUCAUUGCUCGAGCUGAUCCGGGUUGGUGUUCGUCCACGUCUGUAGGAACGCAGGGCAGGCCGGUGGCAAGGUCAAUAUAAAGAACUUGUCUCUAGGCAAAGGGCCCUGGCAUGCCCCAGAAGUGGCUCAGUUGGCGGAAGAGUAGAGGCCCCAUGGGAGAUGGUGGGAGGGUGAAGGAUGGUGAAAUCAGCAGGGACCAGGUCGAGCAGGACCUUGAAACCAAGAGAUAGAGGUGAAUCUUUGUUUUGAAGACAGAGGGGAGCCUUAGAAGGGUUUCGGGCAGGGGAGCGACUAUGGAUGACUGAUGACUGAGCUCUCCUGGUUUGUGACUAGGUUAGAAGACUGUCUUUGUCCUCCCAUCUUCUGGAAGUCAACUCUAUGCCAGACACUCCUGAGCUAUGCUUUUCAUAGGAUUUCUCGUGCAUUCAUUUUAUAGAGGAGAAAGCUGAGACUCAAGGAAUGGAACCUCAUGGAAUCCAUCCUCCAUGUGGCUAGCUGAGUCAUCUUUUAAACUAUAAAUUAAUGCAUGUUACUCCCCUGCAAGAACUCUCCAAGGGCUUCCCAUUUAGGAUGAAAUCUGAGUGCCUUAUGGUGGCCCUAGGACCCCAUGUCACGUCCUUGCCCCGCACCUCUGCCUACUGUGUCCUGCGCAUUAUUCCCCCUGCAUGUGAGAGCUUCUACUUGUGGACCUCAGGGACUUCGCGUUGCUGCUCCCUCUGCCUUACAUGCUCCCACCCACGACUUGUUGCCUGACAGCCUCCUCCUCUCCCUUCCGGGCUCCCUCAGUUUAAUUGCGGCCUCUACAGAGAGACCCUCUGUCUCUGCACUUCCUGUGUUUGCUGCACAGCACUUAGCACGAUACAAUGUGUGACCACCUUUGUGUGUUUGCUUGCUUGUUGCCUGCCUCCUGCGGUGGACUCUGAGGCCUGCAGGGGCUGGGACUGUGUCUACCUUGCUUCUUGUUGUGUCCCAGCCCCCAGGACAGGACCUGGCUUGAAGUGGGGCACUCAGCAAACCUCUGCAGAAGGAUGAAGGAUGCGUCCUGGGUGCAGAGGAUGCGGGGAGCUCUGGACCUUUGAGGGUGGCUGAAGGAUCCUGGACCUGCCUCAGAGGACAGACACCAUGCAGGGGCCAGCUGAGGAGGAGUGCCAGUGGUUUCUCUGGGCACCUGGGAAGCCCCAUUCCUGUUGCACCUGGCCUUGACCCACUCCCUGUGCUGUCCACAUUCCCUGUCACGUUAAACGCUCUGCCUGCCAUUUCAGCCUCUGGGAGGAUCCAUGAGGGUGUAGGGAAAGACAUCAGACCUGGGUUUAGAUCCCAGUUCAGCCACUUAAUAGCUAUGAGACCUUGCACAGUUUCCUUUAAUUUUCUGAGCCUCAGUUUCCUCCUGUGUAAAAUGGGCAUACAGAGGGACAGUCUCCUAGCACAUGAGUCCUGGUGCUUGAUUCAGCUUGAAACUGCCUCAUCUGCAAUCCAAAAAACCCUGCAACCAGAAGUUGUUUUAUAUGCUGCAAACUCAUUUGGCCCCAAAAUCUGACCUGAGCUGACGCGAGGCGCUUUGUCAUCUUUACUUACCCCCCUUGUGUGAAUAUUCAUAUGUUCCACUGCAGAAAUAGGAAUGUGUUCCAUUGCAGGUGUUGCCUGAGGCUCCACUGAAGCUAUGGCAUAAUUUGCAGAAUUUGCACUUCAUUACUUUUCUGAAAUUCAAACAAAUUCUGAAACUGCACGAGUUCUGGCUGAGAGCUGUGGAUCUGUGUAUGUGAGUCGCUGCCGAAAACCCUCCUGGGGCACAGGAGGGCCCAUGGAGGCCUCUGGAAGCUAUUGCAGAGCCUGAAACCCCGCGUUUCCCCUUGGCUGGCUUCUGGUUUCUCGGCAGCCAGUGUCUUCUUAGCCACCUGGGGUUAUGUUGGUUUUGCUGGUUCAGGGGCAGGGGUUAAAGCUUAGGGCAGGGUGAGCCCAGGUACUCAAACAUUUCUGAUGUGAAUUUAAAAGGAGAUUUUUUUUUUUUUAAAUGAAUCAUCAGAAGAAAGAAAUCAGAAGGAAGUGUGUGACCAAGGAGAGGAAAUUAGGGUUUGCAAAUUGCAUGAGUCACCCCCUUUCUGACUCCUGGGUGAUCCCUUGCCCUUGGCAAUUUUCACUCAUCUCUGAGACUCUCAAGGCCGUAUUCUACACAACAUGCUGGGGCUGUCGUGGUUUUAUUCUGGCUCCAAACCUGCUUCUCAUUCUAACCAUCAGUAUAAAUUUCUAUUUUUGAAUGACUGCCACACUGUUUUACUUAUUGCGUUAGCCAGUGUUUCUUCCCUGCCCAAGCCCUGCUCAGACUCCUGUUUCCCCAUCUUAGCAUCUGCAACCCAUUCUCCACCCAGAAACCAGAGGCCAGUUUCUGAAGUGCAGCUCACGUUCUGGGCUUCAGUCUCACCUCCCCAGUCUGGCCCUUGAAGCUCCCUUGUGAUAAGGCCCUGCUUGCCUUUCUGUCUUAUCUUGCACCACCUUUCUACUCCAUGAAUGGGCCCUUCCCUGCAGCUGCCAGGCUUUGGUGAAUGCUGUUCCCACUGGCCUCUGCCCUCGCCUGGCUAGUUCUGUGCAUGUCACGGGUAGAUCCGCUUUAGAAACCACCUCUUCCAUGAAGUCCUUUUACAAGGCCCUUUUCUAGGCCCCACGAACCUGGCUUCUCAUCGACUUAUCACCCACCCAUAUUCUGAUUCCUGGUCCUGUCCCCUUCCCUAGACCAUGAGCUCCAGGACAAAGACUCUGUGUCCACCAGUUGCAGUGGCUCAUGCCUGUAAUCAAUCCCAGCACUUUGGGAAGCUGAGGUGGGUGGAUCACCUGAGGUCAGGAGUUCGAGACCAGCCUGGCCAACAUGAUGAAACCCCAUCUCUACUAAAGAUACAAAAAUUAGCCAGGCAUGGUGGCACACGCCUGUAAUACUUGGGAGGCUGAGGCAGGAGAAUCGCUUGAACCCGGGAGGCCGAGGUUGCAGUGAGCUGAGACCAUGCCACUCCACUCCAGCCUGGGUGAGAGUAAGGAUCUGUCUCAAAAAGAACAACAAAAACCAAAGAACUGUGUUUUCUGUAUAUCACUUUAUCAUCCCCAGCACUCAGAGUAAAAGACUGUUUUAAGCAAGACUGGUUUAAGCCCUCGAGUCCUCGUCCCCUGCCUCUGGCUGGCUGUGUCUGCCUAAGAGUGGCCGCCAUAUUGUCUUCCGUUAAGCUGGAACGUGUUUCCCGUGUCAGCAGUGGUAUGAAAUAUCCCAGUUGCAUUGCAGUAAGUUUGUUGUGUGUGCAUUUCCCCACUUGCCAUUGAAUCAGGUGUCCCUUUUUCCCUUCCAUAUUUGUUUCUUAAGAUAACACCUCUUGCGUGACUUUUGUUUGAAUCCCAUGUCUUUCUGUCUAUUGGCAUCUUGUUUUCUGUUUAAUUUGACUGAGCUAUUUCCACCUUGUAUAUAUUAACUGUCUUAGAGUUGGUGCUGAUAUUUUCUUAGUCUGAUGUCCUUUUCAUUUUGGUUUUAUUAUGUUUUCUUCCACAGAAGAUAUUAAUGCAUAUAUAUUUGAAUCUGUCAAUCUCUCUUCCUCUGUGAUUGCUUUGAGGACUGAAGAAGUUAUCCUGCCUCCACAGAUCUGAUAAACAUUCUGUUCUGUUUUCUGAUUGUUUCCCUGUAGCAUGACUUUUUAUACUUAACUCUUUCAUCUGUGUGGAGUGCAUUUUGGUGGGUGUCUUUCUGUGGAUAUCCAGUUCAGUGUUCCUAAAUAGGAACAGGAUAACCCUCUUGUCCCCAUUCUGUUUAUUAAAUAAUUAGUCCUUGUCUCUGUUUGCAAAAGGCCAGACAAAAUAGAGUAGCUCUUAUAAGCAUGAGCUUUAGCAGAAUUAAGAUUUUGGCCUUGCCACUUUGUGUGAGCUAUGAGCACAUUGCUUAGAUUGAGCUUGUUUUUUCCUCUAUAAAACAGGAUGAUGAUAUCUGCCUCCUAGGAUCGUUGUAAAGAUUGAGCAGAAGAUCUUGUGUAAAGCACAUCACACGUUACCUGGCAUAAAGUAAAUGUCCUCCUUAAUCUUGAUACGUUUCCGUACCUGACUGGGUCCAACAUUGUACUUUUCCUUCUGUUUCAUUGAUUUAAAAUUCUUGUUUUCGGUUACUGCCACACUGCUUUAAUUGUGGCUUCAUGGAAUGUUUCACUGUCUGGCCAGAUUGGGCAUCCUUCCGCUGCUCUUUAAGAAUAUUGCUUUAAACACGCACCUGUUUUCUUUAGUGGAUGUUGAUUUUCUCUCUCCCAUUCUGUACUGUAGCCCACCUCAGUGACUUCUAGACACCCCUUCUCCCCGCUCCCCAGCACACACACUGGUUUCCUCCACACCUGGCUGCCUAGUCUUUGCUUACUCUGGACUCACUGCCUCACAGUUUGAUGGUGACAGUGCCUACGUGGGGAUGAGUGACGGAAACCCAGAGCUCCUGUCAACCAGCCAGACCUUCAACAGCCAGAGCGAGAACAACGAAGACUAUGAGAUCCCCCCGAUAACACCUCCCAACCUCCCUGAGCCAUCCCUCCUGCACCUGGGGGACCACGAAGCCAGCUACCACUCGCUGUGCCACGGCCUCACCCCCAACGGUCUGCUCCCUGCCUACUCCUAUCAGGCCAUGGACCUCCCAGCCAUCAUGGUGUCCAACAUGCUAGCACAGGACAGCCACCUGCUGUCGGGCCAGCUGCCCACGAUCCAGGAGAUGGUCCACUCGGAGGUGGCCGCCUAUGACUCAGGCCGGCCCGGGCCCCUGCUGGGUCGCCCGGCAAUGCUGGCCAGCCACAUGAGUGCCCUCAGCCAGUCCCAGCUCAUCUCGCAGAUGGGCAUCCGGAGCAGCAUCGCCCACAGCUCCCCAUCACCCCCGGGGAGCAAGUCAGCGACCCCCUCUCCCUCCAGCUCCACGCAGGAAGAGGAGUCGGAAGCGCAUUUCAAGAUAUCCGGAGAAAAGAGACCUUCAGCCGACCCAGGAAAAAAGGCCAAGAACCCAAAGAAGAAGAAAAAGAAGGACCCCAACGAGCCGCAGAAGCCUGUGUCGGCCUACGCACUCUUCUUCAGAGACACUCAGGCCGCCAUCAAGGGUCAGAACCCUAGUGCCACUUUCGGUGAUGUGUCCAAAAUCGUGGCCUCCAUGUGGGACAGCCUGGGAGAGGAACAGAAGCAGGCCUAUAAGAGGAAGACAGAAGCGGCCAAGAAGGAAUAUCUGAAGGCUCUGGCAGCCUACCGGGCUAGCCUCGUCUCCAAGAGCUCCCCGGAUCAAGGUGAGACCAAGAGCACUCAGGCAAACCCACCAGCCAAAAUGCUCCCACCCAAGCAGCCCAUGUAUGCCAUGCCAGGCCUGGCCUCCUUCCUGACGCCGUCGGACCUGCAGGCCUUCCGCAGCGGGGCCUCCCCGGCCAGCCUCGCCCGGACGCUGGGCUCCAAGUCUCUGCUGCCAGGCCUCAGUGCGUCCCCGCCGCCGCCACCCUCCUUCCCACUCAGCCCCACACUGCACCAGCAGCUGUCACUGCCCCCUCAUGCCCAGGGCGCCCUCCUCAGUCCACCUGUUAGCAUGUCCCCAGCCCCCCAGCCCCCUGUCCUGCCCGCCCCCAUGGCACUCCAGGUGCAGCUGGCGAUGAGCCCCUCACCUCCAGGGCCACAGGACUUCUCACACAUCUCUGAGUUCCCCAGCAGCUCGGGAUCCUGCUCACCUGGCCCGUCCAACCCCACCAGCAGCGGGGACUGGGACAGCAGCUACCCCAGUGGGGAGUGUGGCAUCAGCACCUGCAGCCUGCUCCCUAGGGACAAAUCGCUCUACCUCACCUAAUCCCGCCUCCCCACCAUCCCUGAGGCUCGCUGGAAGGCACUGCUCAGAGCCUGAAGGGCUGACAGCAGAAAAGAGGCCCUGGCCAGAGGCAGGGUGGCCCAUCCGAGGGAGCAGUGACACACCCAUUGCCGGGGGCUGAGUCUCUUCCUCGACCUCCCACCAGACUCUGCAGAGGCAGCCCACUGCCCGCCGCCAGCCCAAAGAACCUGCAGGAACCUUCUGCCCGCUGACCUGCUUGCUCCAGGGUAACUGUGGACCCUGUCUUCGCCCUGCGCACGGUACCCUAUGUCUGGAUGCCUGGCCCCGGCCCCAGCUCACGUGGGCUGCCCCUGGCAGGGUCGCUUACCAACGGACACCCACCCCAGAUGCAUGGGCCAGGGGGCCGGCCCCCAUCAUAGACGUGCACAUCGGUUUUCCAGUGUGAACAAAAGAUUACGAAACCUAGAAACUGUUGGUUCCGUGUAAGUAGUUGACUACGUGUUUUAGAACUGUGCUGAAGACAUCUGUAAGAUUAUUUUGUGGGGAAAAAAAGUAGUUUCCUUUAAGGUAAAAAUCAUUUUAUAUGAUCCUUAGCACAUUUUUAAGUUUUAUCUUAAGGGAGACGUGCACAAAAGCGGCUGCCAAACCGUUUUGUCAUCCUCACAGCAAGGACCGGACGAUUGCUAGCCACCCCGGAGCACCGCUCUCCUUUUAACCAUGUGUUCAUCUAUUUUACAUUGCCAGCGACGACUUUUGUCUAUUUAUGGAGAAACCUUGAGAACAAAGUUGCAGCUUAUCCUACCGUGUGCGUGGUUUUGGGGUUUGGUUUGGGUUUGGGUUCUUGACGUCGUUUGCAGCUGUUUCCUGGCCCUGGCAAGUGUCUGUCUUGGUGCCCAGUGCUUCUCUCAAAUCUCUUUAUAAUAAAACUUCUGAAAAGCUGAAAA